AUGGGAAAUAUUGAGGAAGCGAAAAGGAAAAGAGAGCAAAUAGGAAGGGACUCGUUGGAGGGGGAGGGGGCAGAGGUGGCGUUCAAAAGAAGUAACAAAACGGUGAGAUCGCCAGGAGAAGAAGAGGGGAAAGGGGAGCUGAAGGAGUUGUUGUGGGGAUGGAAAGAGGAGAUGAAGCGGGAGAUGAGAGGGGUAAGAGAGGAAAUAGGAAGGGUGGCGGAAGGACAGAAGGAGGCGAUGAGGAAGGAGAUAGAGAAGAUGAAGGAAGAGCUGAGAGUCAGAGAAGAGAGAUGGGAUAGGGAGAGAGAGGAAUUCAGAGAGAAGAUAGAGAGGAUAGAAAGAGAACUGGAAGGGCUGAAGAUAGAGAAGGGAGAGGGAGGCAAGGAUAUAGGAAAGGUACAAGGAGAGAGAGAGGUGAGUGAAAGGAUGAUAAGAGGGGAACAGAAAGAGUGGAUGGAGAGGGUCAGGCAGUUAGAGAAGAGAUGGGAAAGAAAAGAGAGAGAGGACAGGAGAAAAAACUUGUUAGUGAAAGGAUUGAAGGAGGGAGAAGGAAGUUCGAAAGAGCGAGUAGAAGAAGUACUGAGGGGAUUGGGGAUGGAGAUUAAAAUAGAGGACAUAAGGAAAUUAGACGUAGGAAAAAGAGAAAAGGGGGAUAUGGUAGUAGUAAGGGUGGGGAGUGAGGAUAUGAAAAGAAAUAUAUUAUUGAAUAAAUGGAGGCUGAAGGGUAAGGAUUGGUGGAUAGAGGAGGACUUAACGUGGGAGGAGAGAAGAAUAAGAUGGUGCAUUAGACAAGUGGCGAAGAAGGAAGAGAUGAAAGGGAAAAGGGUAAAGGCGGAGCAAAGAGGAGUGUGGAUAGAUGGG